AUGUUAUUUAGUUCAGUGAUAUUUUUUGAAAAAUUCCCAUCAGUGACUCACUUGAUCCAAUUAUUUUUUAUCCUCUAUUCUAUUCCCACGAAAUUGAUUCAUGGAAGUUGUGAACCAGCUCAAACUGUAAUUAUUUGUACUAAUGAAUUUCCGUCAAGUUCAUUUCUGAAUAAUUUGACUGGUAAAUAUGAAUUAAUUAUAAGAAGUGUAAAAACUAAAUUAGACAUUAAAUCAUUUGAAAAAUAUCAUGGGGCACAAAUUAAACGUUUACAAAUUGAAAAAUCCACUAUUUAUUCAAUUGAACCGAAAUUUUUCAAUAUAUUUAGUCGUAAUAGUCUUGAACGAUUAUCAUUGAGUAAUGUCGAUGGUUCGUAUCGUUUAGAUGCUCAAUCUUUAGCUGGUUUAAGUGAAAAAUUAAAUACACUGCGUAUUAAUGAUCAUACAUUGUAUAAUAUUGAUGAUUUUGUUAUUUUAAAUAAAUUAACACGAUUAUAUCUUGUUCGAACACAUUUAACACAAUUACCAAAUAAUUUUAAACAAUUAUUAACACAUUUAGAAGAUAUUAACUUAUCUGAAAAUUUAUUAACUUAUAUACCAUGGAAAGAACUUGCUGAACGUAUACAAAAUGAUCAAUUUUUAAAAAUUCAAUUAGGUAAAAAUUUAUGGAAUUGCGAUUGUAGUGUGAAACCAUUAAUUGAAUUGAAACCAGAAGCAAAAGCUAAAAUUUAUGAAUUUCGUUGUCAUACCCCGGAAAAUUUGAAAUCUCGCGAACUGACUGAAUUAACAGUUGAUGAUGUAUGUAAAGAAGAGCUAAGUCAAUCAGCGAUACCAUCGAAAGAUUUUUCCUCAAAUUUUAAUAAUAUCGGUGUAUUCGACCAGUAUCAACCAUCUGGGCAGGGCAGCAGCGGUAACCAACAACAAAAUGGUGAUUUGGGUGAGAUGUCUGGUCGUCAUGGUUUGAAACCGGCUAGUGUAGAUGGUACUGAACAAGAAUUGGCCACUGCAGGUAGUAGUAGUGGUAUUUCUACUGAAAUGAUCAUUGUCAUUUGUGUUGUCAUAGCAUGUAUAAUGAUCAUAAUUAUAAGUUUAAUUGUUUAUUCGUCACGUAAACGUGCACAACGUAGAAAGCAACAAGAAAGAAAUCUUGGUGUUUCGCAUAAAACCAAUUCAUACUGCGCUGUCAUUGAACACAAUCCAUCGAGUCGUAUACCGAAUGAAAAACAAGCCACUUCUCAGUCAGCGUAUAAUAACUAUUCUCGUGGUAUUUUACAGCCGGAAAAAGAACCAUUAGCGCAUGGUUACGGUAAUUAUCGAGAUGGACGUUUGUAA